AUGUUAAAACAGAAGGUUCAUUUAGUGCUCGCUAUUUUAUUAACUUUUGGAAUACAGUGUUAUUGCAGUACAACGGCAGCGGGUUCUCAAACUUUAGAACAAUCGAGCACAACUACUGUAACUCCACAUGAAUCUGGAAGUACAAACAAAGAGUCUACUACAAAUGGUAACACUGCUUCCGGAAGUGAACAUACAAGUACUACUACAAAUGCCAAAGUAGUAUCUACCAAUCAAAGUGCUGUUUCUAUAACUACCGAGAACGUAAGUACCAAAGUAACUUCAGACUUUAUACCUAGCCUUGAAGGAAGUUACUCUUCAUCAAUAGCGUCAACCAAUUCGUCUUUCACGACUUCAGGUGCGGUAACGGAUGUAAAUACAGACGGUAUCAACGCGUCUUCUACGAAUGCAGCACCAAGUACCUUUAAUUCAAAAUCCACUGGAGGUCCGACAACAACUGGUCCAGAGCCGUCAACAAACCAAUCAACCACAACCAAAACAACUACAACCAAAACAACUACCAAAACAACUACUGGUACAACCAAAAACAUAAAUGGCCCAAGUAAAAAUAAAGGUGAACCUAUGUCAUUAGAGGAGAAACAGAGAAGGAAUGGUAUAGUGUCCGCCAGUAUCUGCGUUGGUAGUCUAGUACUCAUUGGAAUUGCAUAUUUGUCUAGUUUUGUUGACAAACCUUCGGAAAAGGUGCCGAAAUUUCCAAAGAACAAAUAUAAUAAGGAAGAAACAAAUUAUAAAUCUCAAACAAAGCCAGCAGGUACGAAGAAAAUAAGUUUUGACAACGGAUUUUCUUUUCAGGAAACACCAACAACAUCUAGUCAUCAACCCAACUUAAAAUCUCCAGUCAAAACGGACCAAAUCGAAUCUCCUAUCAAAACGGACCAAAUCGAAUUAAAUUCAGUAGAAAAUAACGACAAAAACAUUCAAAAUGAAAACCGUCGUAGAACUGGAUGGGAUGUUCUGUCUAAAGAUCCAGCUUAUUUUGAUAACUAUCAGCCGAAACAUACAACCACACAAGCAGAAGUCAAUGAAUUGUGA